AUGGCAGCGCUGGAUGAUGCGGCAAAACGUGAGUUCGUCACGGAGAAUGCGGCGGCAGAUCUGCAGUAUGUGCUGGAGGACAGUUCAACGGAAGGGACAUUUGCUAUGCCUACAACGCCCAAGGGUGUGCCGGCAAGUGCGGCCGCGUUCAUUGCUGCAGGGUUCGUGGAUGCUUUGGUCAACACAGUUGACAUCGCUCGAAGCAGCGAGGAUGAUUUGUCAGGCGAAGGGCUCUGGCAGAAGUUUUUCACAGAGGGCAAGGCAUUUAUGGAAGAGAUCACCGGGCCCACGCCCCAUUCGUUCGAAGCAUGGCAUUAUCCAUAUGGUUUCCUUUGGGUUUCAGCUGCCAACAAACAGACUCUGGGUGAACACAAUUUCUUCAUUUUUCAAUGCAAACGGAUGGCAACAACAGCCUUCAAAGCUGGGAAGAUUUACUUGUGGGAACACCCAGAGGACUUGGGCAGAGUCAAAGACACGGACGAUGUCCCUGGAAGCAUCUGGCAAUGGGAUGAACUACGCACAUUGCAACUGGAAUCGGACGCAACAACAUGGGCAAUCUACCAAUGCCAUUUUGGCGCAGACACACCCAAGCCCACCCGGUUCUUGGGAAACAUUGACAAGGAAAUGCCCCACAGCGGGUGGCCAACUUUUGAUGCAGAAGGUUUUUACUCUGGACCUUUGGGGGCUGGCUGUGGUCAUCGGUUCCAUGUGCGUAAGCUGAUUGGAAAAACCAAAGGUGUUUGGAACACCUCUCCAUCAGCAGCUUAUCCUUCAAAGCUCUGCAAGUACUUAGCCCAAUUGCUCUUGUCUCGCUUCGUUGGGGGGCGGACAGUCCUCGACAAACCAGCGCUUUCAGCAGUGGAUGGGCCAUCUCAAGUACGGCCGGCUACUGAAGAGGAGGAAGAUCAGGGCCAUACAGAGGGGACAGAGGACAACAUCUCACCCCUAGACGACGACAAGGUCAAGGAGGUUUCAGAAGACGUCCCAUACAAUGGGGGGUGCUCUGGACAACCUAUCUCGUCUGACUGGGAUUUGAAACGUGCUCGAUUGGUGGAUGGUCUGGGCCUCUGCUCACCCAACCGCUGGUGGCCUUCAGAUCGUUUUGUUUUCCAGCAAACCUCUGCAGCUGGCUUGGCCGAAGAUCUUCAUGAAUUGGUCCGGAGCUUUGUGAUAAAGAACAUCGCUGACUUGAGGCAGGCAUCCUUUGAGCUUGCAGUUGGGAAGAUGACUAAGUUUCCUUUCUCUAGUGAGGCCUUAGAGGAGGUGCGCAAACGUUGGGCACAAUUGCUGUCACGGCCGGACAAGGCCCUCUUCAAGGCUGAGAGACAACCCUUUUUGCUGGAGCUUCUUUCUCAGACGUUACAAGGCUUAGGUGACCCAGACUGGCGGGUGCUCACAGAGCAGUUCGAUUCCUUCUCGUCAGGGGUACCAGUGGGUUACGACCAACCUUUGCCCCGAGUGUCAGCCGUGUUUCCUCCCAAGGAGAGAUUUCGAAAACUGGAUGACUCCGUCUUCAUGGAGGACUCGGUCAAUUAUAAGUCUGCAGACGGCAUGUCACACAAGCUGGAGGAGAAGUUCAGGGAGGAGGAAGCUUUGGGUCGAAUGUACCCUACAACCUUGGGGGCGUUGCAAUCACGAUUUGCUGGACAGAAGGUGCUGAUAGCUCCGAUGGGAGCCUUGGAGAAGCCGGAUGGAGGUGUGAGACCUUUACAUGAUGCCACACACCAUGUGCAAGUCAACAAUGCAAUUCAAUUCCAAGAUCAACUGGAGUACCCUGGCCCUGGCGAUCCCGCAGCGGUGGUUGAGUCCUCUCGCUUGGUGCGGGCCCCUAACUUGCAGAUUGUUUAUGUGGACGACCUGCACAUUUUGGUUUGGGGGCCUGACAAGUUUCUUUGGUUAUGGAUGAUGAUUGCUACCUAUGAGAUUGUGGGCACCCCCUUUGGAUACCACAAGUUCAAAGGGGGACUGGAGAUUCCUUUCAUUGGUUACGAAUUGGAUUAUUACCGAAAGACCAUUGGCAUAUCUCUCAAGAGGGCACGUUGGCUGAGAGACUUCAUGGGGGAGCUGGAGCAGAGGCGCUACACGGUGCCAAUGAGGGACUUCAACGAAUUUCUGGGGCGGCUGGGUUUUGUGGCAAGGAUUCUGGUUUGGAUCAAACCUCACCUGGCGCCACUUUACAGUUGGAGCGCUGCCUUGGAUCGGGGCUGUGUGGCGACGAUGCCCAAGAUGGUCAGGUUGGUGAUUCUUUAUCUCCAGUCCCAGUUGGAGGUUUUGACAAGGCGGCUCAGCAGCUCAGACGCGGACGACCUAACGAACGGUCUGGUCGCCAAGUUCGAUGCAAAGCUGCGGGUGUCAGGUGUUUUCGAAGAUUUGUAUCUUGAGCUGUUGGAACAGCUGUGGGCGGCACGGGAAGACUUCUUAGAUAAAGAGAUGGCGCUGUCCGCGGAGGAGUUUUACUGGCUUUGCCAUCUUUUCUGGAGCUUUAUCAGGACCGAUUUGCCCAGUGGAUUUCGACCACGUCAACUUGAAUGCCUUCGAGAGCACCUUCGUGCCGUCCUUCUCCACAUCGGAGACAAUCGCUCUACGACUUGGAUUACCAAUGUCUGGAAGGCGUUGACGGUGGUGUUGACAAGUCACCGCAGCGGACAUGACAUUCAGUCCUUACAAAAUGUGCUGCUUAUGACGGAUAUCACCGAGGCAUCAAUGGGCAUCCCCCGUGGAUCUUGGUCCUAUUGGGCUCUGAGUUAUUCACCAGAUGCUGAACACCGCGGCAAGGUCAAUGCAGAGUGUCGCAGGAUUUUGGUGUCGAUUAGCCGACACUUGCCCGAGGACGAUUCACACGGGACCGGAGAUCUUUUAGGAGAGAUUGAUUCUUUCCUGGGCAACGUAUCCCUUGGACUACGUGCUUCUUCCAUUGGGGCGGAAGGCACGGGUGACGUGGCCCAGACCAUCGGGUCCGGUGAACCAGCUGAAGGAUCUAUGGCAGUUUCAAAGGAGGUUCCCUUGCUCCCGUGUCAAGUGCCUGAGGAGGACGGGGAACUCGCGCAGCGAGAACGAGCGGCUGAAGCGUUCGAUGUCCAGGUUGUAGCAGACGAGAAGGAAAGAGCAACGAUGGCGGACCCACUUGCAAAGGAGGCCUUUAGCGGAGCAGAGGACAGCGUAGCAGGUGCAGCAGCUUCGAGUGCGGUUGGGCAACGCCUGCCUGCUGAGGUCUCUGGGAAGGAUAACUCGAGUGCCGAGGCGGACGAGGAUGCAAUCCGUGGAAUAGCAUCAGUGGCAGUUGCGCAAAACUUUCAAAAUGCCAAGGCCAGGAAUGAGAGAAUACUGGAGUUGAUGGACAAACUACAAGUUGAGGUUGCUGCCAGCGGCUACCAAAGUGCCAACAGUGUGGCGGAGGCGUGGAAAUUGGACCCAUUGAAAAAGAUCCAACAGCUGGAUGCAGCACGCGCAGCAGCCUCUGUGGCCGUUUCGCAAUGCUUGCAAAAUGCGAAGGCUGCUUCCAGCGGCUACCAUAGUGCCAACAGUGUGGCGGAGGAUGAUGCAGCACGCGCAGCAGCCUCUAUGGCGGUUUCGCAAUGCUUGCAAAAUGCGAAGGUUGCUUCCAGCGGCUACCAUUGUGCCAACAGUGUGGCGGAGGAUGAUGCAGCACGCGCAGCAGCCUCUAUGGCCGUUUCGCAAUGCUUGCAAAAUGCGAAGGCCCGAUUUACCCACUGCUGCGCGAUGCAAGGAAGUUUGCGUGUUGACAAGAGCUCCCACGUGCUGCAAAAAUGCAACAAGUGUUGGACGCAGGUUGCUUCCAGCGGCUACCAUUGUGCCAACAGUGUGGCGGAGGAUGAUGCAGCACGCGCAGCAGCCUCUAUGGCCGUUUCGCAAUGCUUGCAAAAUGCGAAGGUCGCUGCCAAUGAUCACCACAACACUGUUCUGGAGGCGCGGUGUGUGGCUGCACAACAUGUGGAGUCAUGGACUGCCAGCAUCUUGUUGCUGCAACAAGUGUUAGCAGGGCUGAAUAACGGCGACCACGAGAGGUUAGGGGGAUCGACUGGCCCCCUGCUGGAGGAGGCCCAAGAGGUGGCUAGCUGCAGAGAUGAAUCAGCGCAAGGACCACUUGACAUCCUGGAGUUUGACCUGCAGGGCAUCCCUGACCCGCCAGUGACACAUGAAAUCUGUGAGUCAAAGGAUGAUGAGGAGAGGCCUAGCACGGCAGAUAUGAAACAGGAUGACUUGGUCAGCACUUGCGACGGGAGUCGCAGAGAUCCAGAGAGCAGAUGUGAUUUUUGGGAAGGCUCAGAGCUGGGACGCCCCAGUUCCUCUGACCGGCCCCAGUCGGAACGUCGCGAGCGCCCGCAUGAGCUCAUCAGCCGGCCAGUCAAACCACUAUGUGAAGAGGAGGAGUGUCGAGAGAAUGAGGAUGGUGCAGCGGGUACAAUGCCACCAGUGCCGUCGGCGCCAGCAUCACCAUGCCAGGACGAGCAGUCAGAUGCAAGAAGAAUGCGCAGAGAAGCAGAGAAACUUGUGAGUGACAUCGAGGCAAAAGCGCAUGAAGUAUUGAGGGAGCAGGAGGAGGAGGCAAAUGCCAUUCGGAUACGGAGAGAAGCAGAAAGACUUGUGGAUGAACUGGAGGCAAAAGCGAAAAAAGCCCUGAGAGAAAAGCACGAGGAGCAGCUCAGUGCCACAAGAAUUCGACAAGAAGCUGAACGAAUUGUGGAUAGGGUGCAGGAAAGGGCUCAGGAGGCCGCCAAAGAACAACAGGAACGAUCCAAUGCCACGAGUCUGAGGAAACAGGCGGCAAAACUUGUUGAUGAAGUGGAGGCAGAGGCGCGAAAAGCCUUAAGAGAACAGCGAGAGCGCUCACAAUCUAGACAAGAAGGCAGAGUUGAGGCGAAGGAACCAUCUACAGCUGCCGCCGACCCAGAUCCGGCCACUACCAAGCUCCGUGUCGAGGCAGAGAAGUUGGAGGCGGAGAUCCGGGCAACUUUCACUGAGCAGCAGAAGAAAGAUGCAGCUGAUAGGGCUGAGGCCACGAGCAGAGCGUUGGACGCCCAAUUCGAAGCUCUUCAAGAAAGUGAGAAGGAUCGUGCGGAGGCGUUCCAAGCUUUGGAAGCAACACGUGAAGUGGUUCGCCAGGGUGACCUGGCCUAUGCGAAGGCCGAAUUGUCCGAGACAGCUAGACGGGAAGCAGAGGAGAGAGCCAAAGCACAAGAGAAAGAGAUUCAAGAUGCCCGACGUCGCAUGAUGCAAGAACAAGCGCUUCAGAAAACAGAGUCGGAACGACGAGAGGCGCUGAGAGCUCUGCAAGCUACUCGCCAAGUUGCGCGGAACUCCAACGACGAUGCCAAGGCAAAAUGGGAGCAGAUGAAGGCACAAGCAGCAGAAGCGGAACGAGAGGUGAAAGAGGCUGCGAACAAAUGGAACCGCCAAGCCGAGGAGAAGGCGGCCCAGGCCCAAGUUGGCCAAGUCGCCGAAACUGAAAUACGCUCCGAAGAACGCAAAGUCCAAAAGGUGCAACCAGAUGUAAAAGACGAAUUGGAACGUGCGCAGGCAGAAGCUGAUAAUUUAUUGGCUUCAGCACAGAAAGCAAAGGCCUUGGCUGAAGAAGAGCACGAACGUACUCAGCAACUUCAGCUGGAGGCGAAACGAGCCGAGGCAAAGGCGAAGGCUGCACAGAUGGAAGCCUUGAAAUGCCGGGAGAAGCUUCGCAUGUCUCAGAAAGAGGCGGACGACGCUGAACGCGCGCGAUGUGAAGCAGUCUUGCAAAAGGUUCGCUGGCGAGUCGAAGCUCGACGUUUGGAGGUUGAGGAAGAACUCUUCAGCCAGGUACGAAAUAAGAUGGAGGCGCAUGGCCUUAGAAGGGUGCCUCAAAGCGAAAAGAGCGCGAUGGAAGAACCACAGGUCCAAAAGCCUGAAACCUUUGAUCAGAUGGUGCAGCGUAUGCGUGGCACCUGGGACCAGCGUCUCAAAGUCUUGGAAGGACAAGGACGGACUCCAGGAUCGCAGAGGCCAAGGUACUGAGUAGCUUGCAUUUAGCGUGUUGACUGGGAUUUAGUACCUGCGUGAAGAGAGUGGACCUCAGAGUUUCAGGAUUUCUGCCAGGUCCUUCCCAGGAUGUCUCCUCUUGACUGGAGAAGAACUCUAGUUUGCGGGGAUGCCGACACGCAAAGACACUGUGUCCAUACAUCCUUUGCUCAAUCAACA